AUGAGCGUUUGUGGUCGCCAAACCGACACGAGCCGAGCCGCCCGAGCCCGGUCCAAGCGUUCAACCCCGACUGUCCAGCCCGCUCGUCCCGCACGCUUUCCCCUCCUCCAAGCUUUACCCCACCUGCCUCCCCCGUCUCCUUCCCCGCCCCAUUCGUCACUGAUCCCCCUUCUAGAACCUCCCAGAAGCCGAACGAGAGAGCCCGCAGGGGCGGCGCACGGGCAUGGCGAUGGCGACGCACACGGGGUCGCCGCCUCCAAGGUCCUCAUCCUCGUCGGCGCAGGCCUGACGGGAUCGAUCGUGCUUCGGAAUGGCCGCUUGUCGGAUGUAUUGGCGGAGCUCCAGGAGCUCAUGAAGGGCGUAAAUCAAGGAGAAGGCUCGAGCGCAUAUGACAUGGCUCUUAUCCAAGCUCAGAUUCGGCAUUUAGCCCAAGAAGUCAGAGAUUUAACUUUGUCAAAGCCCAUUACCAUAUUGAGCGGCAAAUCGGACUCGGGAGGCAGUUUAUCGUCCUACAUACUGCCAGCAGCUGCAGUUGGAGCAUUAGGUUAUUGCUAUAUGUGGUGUAAGGGAUGGUCCUUGUCAGAUGUCAUGUUUGUCACAAAACGCAAUAUGGCCAGUGCUGUCGAUAGCAUGUCGAAGCAAUUGGAGCAAGUUUCAUCAGCACUAGCAGCAACCAAAAGACAUCUAACAAAACGCCUUGAGAAUUUGGAUGGCAAAAUGGACGAACAAGUGGAGGUCUCCAAACAAAUACGGAAUGAGGUCACUGAUGUUAAAACUGAUCUGUCCCAAAUUGGCUUUGACGUUGAAGCAAUUCAACAGAUGGUAGCUGGACUGGAAGAGAAGAUUGAGUUGCUUGACAAUAAACAGGAUGCGGCUAAUGCUGGUAUAUGGUAUCUCUGCCGAAUGGCAGGAGGUAUAAAAGAGGGAAUAAAUGCCAAGUUUUUCCAAGAAGCGGAUGAAAAACUCAAGCUCUUGGACCUGGCUCAUACUGAAAAGAAGCCGGUGAAGGGUCUGGAGUUAUUUCUGGAGAGCACCAAGGAAGUCAAGGCACUCGACUCCAAGCCUAAGACCAUCGUGCAGAAUGAUGCCAAGAAACCGAUGAAGGCGUUCGACGUGCCUGUGAAGAGCGCUGCGGUGCACAGGUCAAACAGGUUCUUAAUUCGCAAGGAAGGCCUCGCACUGUGAUGGACGCCUUCCCGUGCUGCUUGCGAUGUACAUUGCGUUCUUGCUUGAUUUGUUUGGUAGAAAAUAUAGAAGAAUAACCUGCAUCCCGAGUGGUGAUUUUCCAGGAUAGACAGGUUGAUACGUCUCAAGGCAAUUUGUAUUUGUUCCUUUGUAUUUUUUGGGUCAUUUCAUGUUCUGGUCUGAAGUUGCUCGCUUGUAAACAAGUGAAGAAAUAAAUAAUUAAAAUACGUUUUGCAUUCUUACAUCUUA